AUGUCGUUAUUUAAGAAGAAGGCGCCUAAAUACACGCCGCCUCCAGUGCCACAGUCUCCCGUCGAGGAGCCUCACCAGCAAGCCAACGGAGUGGACAAUAACAAUGGAGCACAGAAGUCACAGUUGGUGUUCCACUGUCAGCAGGCACACGGCAGCCCUCUCGGACUCAUUUCUGGAUUUUCUAAUGUCAAGGAGCUUUAUCAAAAAAUAGCAGAAUGUUACGAUUUUCCACCUGACGAGAUUCUAUUUUGCACACUGAAUACUCACAAAGUGGAUAUGAAGAAACUACUAGGUGGACAAAUAGGAUUAGAAGAUUUCAUAUUUGCACAUAGAAAAGGUCGCCCUAAAGAAAUAGAAAUAGUUAAAACUGAAGAUGCCUUGGGAUUGACAAUAACAGAUAAUGGUGCUGGAUAUGCUUUUAUAAAAAGGAUAAAAGAAGGUUCUAUUGUAGCGAGAAUACCACAUAUAGAGGUCGGAGAUCACAUCGAGAAGCUGGAUGGAGAAAAUAUGGUUGGCAAAAGACAUUAUGAAGUCGCAAAGAUUUUGAAGGACAUUCCAAAGGGAACUACUUUUACGAUUCGAUUGGUCGAACCACUUAAAAGCGGGUUCGCAAGUAUUGGACCAAAGACGAGUGGAGCAAAAUCUGGAAGGAAACAGAACUACGGAUCUGGCAAAGAGACAUUACGGUUUAAGGCCAACGGCCAGGCAACUAUAGAAAACGACCACGAUGAACGAUCGAAAGCUGGCAUCGAGAAAAUCAACAGUUUACUGGAAUCGUUCAUGGGCAUCAACGACUCCGAGUUAGCAUCGCAGAUGUGGGAUCUUGCCGAAGGAAAAGCAAACUCUAUGCAACUAGCGGAAGCCAUCGAUAAUAGUGACUUACAAGAAUUCGGAUUCACGGACGAGUUUAUAAUUGAAUUAUGGGGUGUUAUUACUGACGCUAGAUCUGGUAGACUCAGUUAG